CAUGCGUAACAUCAGCAGCCAGCAUGAAAACGUUUCUUCUCAAGUGGAGAUCGAGCUGGGUGCCUGUGUUUCUCUGCACGCGUGUCUUCCUUCUUCUAAUUAAGCUGGAGCCUGAUAGAGCCUGCACCGACUCGAUCGGCUGGAUCUAUCUAGCGAAAUUACCGACCAAGAUUUUUAUAGAUCCAGCUGGGGUGGGUUUGAGAUGGAUGUGUACUGUCUGGCCGCUGGAUUAAGGUUGUCGUGUGCACCCCCUGCCCCUGCCUCCCCACUUUUCCUUUAUUUUCAUGCACGUACCCCGGCCCCUUUCUCUCUCACACACAUAUUUAAUACGCCUCCGGCCCUCCCUCCUCUCGCCCCUACACUUCCAUCCCCCUCCUCUCUUUCCCACAUCUUCUGUUCUGAUAUUCCUGAUCUCACUCUGCUGCCCUCCAUAUUGCUUCUACAUCUGAAUAUCUGAUAUCUCGCCAUGGCCGGGACGGCAGCCACCGUCUGCUCCAUGUGCGGUGACAUCGGAUUCCCCGACAAGCUCUUCCAGUGCUCGCGCUGCCGCUACCGCUUCCAGCACUCCUAUUGCACGAACUACUACGGCGACGGAGCGCCGGCGUCGGCAGGGGCCGACACAUGCGAUUGGUGCCUGAGCGACGCCGCCACCGGCAAGGCGAGAAGGUGCGCGUCUGCGGCCGGGAAGCAGCAGCAGGCCUCCGGCAGCCAUGAUUCGUCCACGACGAGCCCCACCGGCAGGGCCGUCGACAAGGCGGCCAGCGGCGGCGAGCAGGAAAGCGGGCGGAGAGGGACCAAGGUGGGCGGCCGCAGGUACAAGCUGCUCAAGGACGUCCUGUGCUGAUUAGUCUUAGGACUAUGGAGCAAGAGCCUUAUAAGUAAGAUAUGGAGUAGCUAGUUAAUUAUGACUUACGUUACGUAGUAGUACGACGAUCGAGUUAAGUUAGCCUAUAGCCGAAGUAGGUGUAGCCAGUUUGAUGUGUUGCAUAUAUUUAUGCGUAUUUGUAUAUGGUUUGUUUGUGUGUUAGGAGUAGAUCGACGACGCGCGUUGCUUUUAUAUGGUGGUACUCAGCUGGCUUUGGUUUCCCUUAUCUUAUGCUGUUCGUGUCAUUGUGUGGCCACAAUUUAUCUAGGAAUUAACGUACGUA